CGAACUUUGUAAACGACGGAUUUCUGCCAGCGAUGAGGCGAUCGUGAAACCGCACCAUUUCUCGAUUCACUCGCGUUCACUGUUUUCGAAAAGUGGCGAAGCCGAUCGAUCUUCCUCUAAAACUAAAGAAUCUCUCUCGGGCCCGCCGCAAGCCGAAUGUGCGGGUAGUACUGCUUAACCUCCCGCGACGGAAGCCCAAUCGCCCACUCCGAGCCACCAUGGCCGAACCGACACCUGCACCGGCGCCUCCCCCGGCUGCGAACACCGCUCCGAAAGCACCCUCCGGAAACCCGGCCCUGCGCAUGCUCGGUCUGCCCCAUCUCCCCCGCAAGCUUCCCUCCCGAAACUGGAUGAUCUUUUGGACCAUCACGGGCGCAUUUACAGCGGCGGUUAUCUACGACAAGCGGGAGAAGAAGAGGGCCAUCGCGAAGUGGUCUCAUGCCGUCGAACACCUCGCCAAGGAGCCGCUGCCUCACGAUAGCCUCGGUUUGGCGCAGCCGCGGAAGCUCACCAUUUAUCUCUCGAGUCCGCCCGGGGAUGGGCUGCGCGUGGCCCAGGAUCACUACACGGAGUAUGUGAAGCCGAUCUUGGCCGCCAGCGGGCUGGACUGGGAGUUCGUGCAGGGCCGCCGGGAGGGCGAUGUGCGUGCUUAUGUGGCCGAGCGAGUACGCAGGCUCCGCCGCAGCCGGGAGAGCGGCGGCGAGCCGGAUCCCUCAAAGGAGCCGACGAGAGAGGAGUUAGUGGAGGCCUUCCGCAAGUCGCGGGGCAUCAAGGAGUACGACGGUGUACGCGGCGAUAUUGUCAUCGGCCGACACACAUGGAAGGAGUACCUCAGGGGCUUGCAUGAGGGCUGGCUGGGUCCCCUAGCGCCGCCCCCAGAGCCGGAGCCGCUACCAGCCGCCGUGAACCCCGAGCCAUCAACAGGCGACAAGCCCGCCGAGGACAAGCCCGCCGAGGAAAAGAAGGCCGAAGAAGAAGAAAAGAAGCCCAAGCGGCCGCCUCAACCAAAACCCUACAACACCACCGCCGACUACCCUUCAGCCGUCCUUCCCAGUGUCGCACCCGACGCAUUCGAUCCCUCCGCACCGAUCCGCGAGCCUCAUAUCCUCGGCUUCCUCAAUACGCCCACGCGCCUCUACCGCUUCCUCAACCGCCGCAAGCUCGCCGACGAGAUCGGCCGCGAGGUCGCCGCGGUCUGCCUGUGCACAUAUCGCGAGUACCAGCGGCUCGCUGCCGACCCCGACGCCGGCCCCGACGCCGACUCGACCAGCAGUCCCGCCGCUGCUCACGAGCAGCCGCUGUACGAGCAGCAAAAGGAGCUGGCGUGGGAAGAGAAGGACUGGAUCAAGUCCAUCUGGAAAGAGGACGACCCGAAGGGUGCGGACACGUCCGAGGCGGCCGAGAUCCCCGAGAGGGUGCGCGCGAAGCCCAUCGUCAUGGACCCGCGCAUUGCCGAGCGCAUGCGGCGCUUUCAGCUGCUGCCCGAGGACGAGGAGCGGGCUAGCAAGAUCGUGGUGCCCGAGGAAGAAGUCGAGGGGUGGAUCAAGGGGAAGCUCCGCCAACUCUGCCGGUGGGGUGUGAGCAAGGCUUUCGAGAAGAAAAAGACGACACCGCUGGAGGAUAAGGAUGUGGAGUGAGUGGGAAGGGCGAGAGACGAGGGGGUUCCGUGGUUGCGGUCGAAUUGUUGCAUACUCGAUCUACCUACCUGUAUAGCAGCUGCGGACGUGCUUUGUCCCAAUGUUGGAGUAUCAUGAUGCAUGGCUGUGGUUGGCCCAGCGGUUUGUAUUGUAUGUACAAUAUAGAAUGAUAGAUGGCUGGUGAGCUGGCGUGAGGACUGAUGAAUCUCGACUUACCUUUUUGGCGGUCAAACUCUGAUUCCAACAGGCU